AUGGUUACUGUAGUCAAACCACACAAGACGCGCAUAUGUAUAGAUCCUAAAGAUCUAAACAGGGCUGUGAAAAGAGAACACUAUCCCAUGAGAACAGUGGAAGAAAUCAUGCCACACUUACCUGGUGCUAAAAUAUUCACUGUUCUGGAUGCUGAGUCCGGGUUCUGGCAGAUCAAACUGGAUCAAGAAAGCUCCAAACUGUGCACCUUCAACACACCAUAUGGUAGGUAUCGCUUCACAAGACUACCUUUCGGAGUUAAAUCAGCUCCAGAGGUAUUCCAGCGAACAAUGUCUCAGCUACUAGAGGGCCUUACUGGUGCAGAAUGCAUCGUUGAUGAUGUGCUAGUGUGGGGUAUAGAUGUACCGCAACAUGAUGAGAGACUGUAUGCAGUCCUGAAUAGGAUACAGUCAAGUGGUCUGAAACUAAACAGAUCAAAGUGCAAGUUAAGAAUGACAGAAGUGUCAUAUGUUGGACAUCUUCUGACAAAGGAUGGACUAAAACCAGACCCUGAAAAGUUCGAUGAGACAGAGUUUGAUGUGAACUUUAUAUCACAACUACCCUUGACUUCAUCUAGAGUGGAGACAUUCAAGUUGGCCACAGCAGAUGACCCACAACUACCGCAAUUGAAAUCUGUCAUUCUCAUUGGUUGGUCGUUGGACAGGAAAGAUGUUCCAGCUUGUGUACAAGACUUCUGGAAUAUUCGUGACGAACUGGCUGUAGUUGGGGAUCUAGUCUUCAAGGGAAACAAACUAGUUGUUCCAAGGGCACUGCAAGCAGAAAUGCUAGAGAAAAUUCAUGAAGCACACCUAGGAAUAACGAAAUGCAAGCAACGAGCAAGAGAUGUACUCUUCUGGAUUGGAAUGAACAAACAUAUCGAAGAUUUUGUAUCACAGUGUACAAUCUGCAAUGAAAACAAAAAGAGCAGGGGCGGUCGGUACCCAGAAAUUGUGAAACUUACUGACUGGUCAAGCAAAACUACUAUCACAGCACUGAAGUCAGUCUUUGCUAGACACGGAAUACCAGAUGAAAUCAUGACAGACAAUGGUCCACAAUUUUCAAGUACUGAGUUUCGCAGAUUUUCACAGGCAUGGGAAUUCACCCAUAGACAUCAAGCCCAACGUAUCCACAAUCGAAUGGUCAAGCUGAAAGAUCAGUACAGACUGUCAAGAUGAUGUUGAGGCAAGAGGCAGAGGCAAGUGGAAGAGAUGUUUACUUGUCCCUGCUUGAGUACAGAAAUACACCAGUGGACAAAGUGAACUUGUCGCCA